AUGAACCCCCAUUCCUUUGCCGGCGGCCAACCGUGGGGCCACCCUCUGCGUACACUCAAUGGCGUCCCCGGACGAGCUGAUAAUGCGCAGAUGUUGGGACAGCAUGACCAACCCGACAGGCAGCCCACUCUCUCCCAACCGCCGAUCCGACAACCAACCGUCGUCGACCUGACCGGAGGCGGUCCGGAGUCGCAGGACAGAGAACCACCCCCGAAACGACCGAGAUUGGAGGUGUCUAGCGCAUCAAAUACCCCAGAUACCGGCGCAGCGAUGGGUUCCGAGGUGAGGAGUACUCCGGGAAGCGCAAGUUCGCGACCUGCGGUCUCAUGGCGCGGCCGGCCAGCCUGGUCUUUCCAGGCUGUCAUAUCGGAUAUCCCGGGCAAUGAGAAUCGCGGCGACGGCGCUACUGGAACGAAGCCUCCUGCCAUACCACCGCUCCCCGCCCAGCCUUGGAAAACCCCCUCGGUGGUCGAACCGUCGGGGCCCGCUCCUAUAAAGUCGAGGGAAAGCUCCCCAGUGGGAGCUGUGCAGACAACACCUUAUCAAAUUGAGAUACCAGCUGUCGCUCCAUUGUACAAGGGGGAUAAACCCGCCGAUUUCGCACCAUGGACCGGCAACCAUCCCGAGGACGUCCUGAACGAGCAAACCGCAAAACAAGGAUACUACGACCGCACACAAGUCUCUCAUGAAUCCAAUACAGCCCGCCCCGCAUUGUAUGCGCAACUAAAGCACCGCACAGGGCUUCAGAUGCUCUCGUCUGUCUUUACCGCGGCACUGGAGAAACGCCAAACCCACAACACAGUUCCCGCCCGAUCCACCUUUAAACCACCACCCCGAGUUACGCUCACCGAUAAUAAGCGCGAGGCAUGGCUUCGAGAUCUCGCGAACCCGGCUGUUCCUCUGCGGCGCCUCAGCCGAACCAUCCCGCAUGGCAUCCGGGGCAGGAUUCUUUUGGACCAAUGCCUUGGAAAAUGGAUCCCCGUUGCACGUGCUGUUUGGUUAGGAAAAUGUGUGGGUGCUAAUGAAAUUCGUGCAUUCAAGCGCAAGGGUACCAGUGGUGCUUUGGCUGUUGGUUUAGAGGCGAAGUGGGUUCGGGACUGGACCACAAAUGUUCAGCAAUUCAUUGAAGGCGUCUUCAAUGCCCCAAAGUCCUCGGACUGGAAGGCAAAGAUGACAUAUGCUGUUGGGUUGACUGCUCGUCUAUUCUUUGAGAACCUAUUGGACCAUGAUCAUUUUCUUGAAUGGUUUUUAUCUUCUUUCGAGGCUGCUUCUAUCGGCACAAUCCCGGUCUGGCUGUUGAUGUUAGGUAUUUAUUGGAAUAGUAUUAUGCGCUACAGGCGAAGAGGUCGACGAUUGGCUGAGCUACUGCUUCAAAAACUGCGGCAGGCAACGGAAGUUAAAUUGCCCCAACUCCAACCUCUCAUUGACCGUCUUUCUCGAUUUAUCGGAAAGCUUGUUCGUGACCAUACAUCCUCCAUGAUCCUCCCCAAUUCUUGGGAAAAAUACAACCAGCAGGUGUCAUGUUCCCUUGACAUGGCUAAUGAAGCAGACAAAGCCCUUUUCCAGAGCCUCGCAGAGCGCAAUUCGCGAGUACAGCGGCCCAAACACUCAACAAAAACCACCCAACGCUCUCCACAUCAACGCAUUAUACGACUUCUCGACUCCAUCCGCUCCGCUCAUGAUCUCUCCUCUGUGGCUAUAUACCUCGACGCAUUCGACGACAAGGCCGUUUUAGUCUCCAGACUAAUGGAAUGGCUCUCUACGCCCUUCCGCUACGGCCUUUGUCGAGUGUACGUCGGUGUCCGUCUGCUGCGCAGAUGGAAAUCUGCCGGCGUCGAUAUAGAUAGUCACAUUCUUGCAUUUCUCUCACGAGGACUACAUAAUCAAAAACUUGACAUGGAGCAAAUCUACCAUGUCAUCUCCGAGCUUGUCAGGUCGCAAACAUUCUCCGUGGGUCGCUACCUCCAAUGGCUCAUGGCCAGAGGUGUCACCAAUGGUUCCCCAUCGCAAGAGCUCAAGGUGGAGGAUUUGCCAAUCGACAUUGGACUCAUAGCGCAACUUCCUGUGGGUCGUCUUCCGGAGCACGUCGGCAAUCUGCGAAGCACUCUGCUGGCACGGACCGGACUCUCUGCCUCGGACGAAGUUGCAGCCAUUGAGAAUGUUAAAAAUAUCAUCAGUCGGCGUUUACCGGCGAUAUUUGGCGUCAACGAAUCCGCAACCAUGGAACUAGAUUCACUACCUACCAAUCUGCCCUGGGCUGUCAAAGCUGAGGUUGGGCAAUGGCUCCGUCGUGCCAUUGCGGAAUACAAUAGGGGCCCUGCAGAGUUGAUUACUAGAGCUUUCACCAGUGAAACCGUAUCUGUAGUGUCUGCACUCACCCCGGCUCAGUUCUACACCGUUCGUGGGGUCCUGGAAACAUUUGAUGACAUUUCGAUGCUGGCAGAUGUGUUGAAAUUCGCGUCUAGCUGCAAUGAUAGCACGGUGCUGGCUUCGGUUGCCGACACAACGAACUGUCAUUUUGAAUCGCUAUGUGUGAUUGGCGCCACAGCUGAUCUAUUCCGGAGACUCAUUGACGCCUAUGCCGGCAUCAAGAGACUCGGCACACCAGGUCUUGACUUGAUAUUUUCUUUGAUCGAACUUGGCUUGAGGAUUCCGAGUGAACUCAACACGGUUUCCAUUCUUCGCCAAGAUCUUUCUCGCAUGGAGAACAAGUCAAUGGUAGCCGCAUCCUCCCCAGUCUCUGACCACAUUCCCGAUAGCUUCGGUGACAUCGAUCCCCUUUUCCGAGAGAAAUUAGAUCAACUUUUGCUGUCAGGGAAUGUCAUGGAUGAGCCCACCUUGGACACAAUCUUCAAUGCCCUCACAAAGCAUUUGGAAUCUGAUGGUGGCAACGUCAAAUUGUCGGCGAAUGACACUUCUCGCUACCUCGCACAGCUUCGGUCAUUCAGUCCAAAGCAUUUUGACGGCAUUCUUGCACGAUGGGUCUGCAGUCAUCUUCGAUCAUCCGAACGUACUACUUUGUUGCGAAUUCUUCCUCCAUUGAUUGGUGUCGGAUGCGUUACCAUUAGAGCUUUCUUGGCCCUCGCCAAGAGACUAACUCUUUCUACGCCAACAACUGUCCCCAAUGCAGCACAUCUACCCGCUGAACUGGUCCAGCUUCUUGUCCCUUGUAUUGAAGAGACCAGGUUUUUCGAUUUGGUGUCUUAUCGCUUCCAAUUGGCACAACAAGAAUUUCUCGGCAAGAAUUCGGAAGAGGCGCUGAGGAUCGUGUGUGAUGCUGCAUCAUGCAAUGCCAAUGAUGCUUUGACUGCAUCCAGUGAGUUGGAGGGCUCUAUGGUUCGAUUGUUGCGUGAUCUCCUUGUGCGGAACCCAGGAUGUGCGGCAGAGAACGGCAUACAAAAGCUAGUUGAUCAAUACCCAGCUGCUUUGGGCAUAAUUCAAAAGGCACUCGAUCUUCUUCUAGGUGUUGAGUCUAAGUCAGAUCGCAAAUCGGUCCUUUCCGAAGUCCAGAAGCUAGCUAGCAUGACCGAUGACUUCUCGCUCCCUUUUUGCCAGUUAAAGCUUCAAGUUCUUUUUGGUGCAGAUUCAGCGGCGGAAGACCGAGCUAAUAUAGUUGAUGCAAUGUUCAAGACUGCUGUGUCGGACAGCCGUGCUCACAGACUUCACUGGGUUGAUCUUGUUGCACUGAUGAGCCCUGAUGCCGUUCGACAAAUCCGUGAACGUGCUGAGAGGGAGUUCUUCGCUAUUCCACUCCUGGAAGAGCUAAUGAGCGAUAUUCCUGACACUUCCGACAAGUUGGCCUCGCUGGAAACCGCUAGACUAUACCUCAUUAUUAUUGAGGAGCUCGCGAGCAGCAUUCCGGACUCUGGCGCUCCAUCUGUUGGAUCGGUACUUGUUGAGAAGAUGGACUCCCUUCUCCACAAAGUCAUCGCCAUGCAUAACACCCUCGCCAACUCCAAGGGCGCCGGGAAUCAAGGACGUCCCAAGUUUGAACGCGCCCUUGCCUUCUGGUUCUCUGCCAUGUUGAGGAUGGUAGUUCUUCACCGGUCCGCAUUUGUUCAACUGCCUGCCACUCUGAAAGUUGGCCCUCAGCCCGAGCAGCUCCGACUCCUGACCUCAAUCAUCUGCAUCGCCCUCUCACGCCUCCCAGGUGACGUACUCCGUCAAUUCCCAGCGGCCGAUUACUUCCCGCAUCCAAAAGCGGGCGAAGGCUUCCGUCCCUGUCCGGGUAUCCUAUUGCAAACACACGCUCUUGACGUCGCUGCCUCCCUGAUCGACAUCUUCCCAGACGAAGUCCGCCAUCAAUGCGCCCGCUUCUUAAAAGAGAAGUGUUCAUCCUUCGUUCCGUUCCAGAACGACUCUCGCUUCCUCUAUCUUUUCGGUCCGAUGGUAGACCAAUACUCUACAAACGCGCCGCAUUUCUCAGCGCCCUCACCCGCAGCCUCAGCAUCGACACCGACGCCUACGCCUGCCCCAUUCUCGUCUGUCGGGCCAUCUCCGGCGCAGCAAUCCGUCGCAGCAGCGUCUGGUUUGCCCACCGGGAUGGACGGUUCGAACACUAUGGCCAACCGACUUCGUCUUCAACACCGUGGUCGCAUUCUUGGUCCAUAUCCUGUUCGCCCAUGGGAGCUGCUUGAAGAUGCGGCUCCGUUCCUGGGUGUCAAUGAUACGGCUGUCAACUUGGGAUAUUUCGAUGCCAGGCGAGUGAGAGCCUGA